GUUAGUUGCAGAUCUUCUACCAGAUACAUUAUUACCAUCUUCAUAAAAAUAAUGAAAUAGUUUUUAAUGCCAUUUUUAAAUCAUAAUGCCAUUUUGUAAAAAAAAAUACAUGACAUUAACAUUUGAAAAGCAUGACAUUAUUUGCUUAACAUAUUCAUGUAAUUGUCAUCUUUACAAAAUUAAUGUCAACUUCAUAAAUGUAAAAUGACAUUAUUUGCCAAACAUAUUGAAAAACACUUCAUAAAUGUAAAAUGACAUUGUUUGCCAAACAUAUUGAAAAACAUGGCAUUUUUAAAAUAAUUUUUCCAUUUUUGAAAAAUAAACAUUGUUAUAUAUUUUUCAGAUCCAAAUUCAUUGAAUUUUAAAUUUUAGACUAAAAAACUAAAAUAAAUAAAUAAUUAUUAGAUUUAGUAUUUUUUAAUCACUGUGCGUUUUUAUUUUAAAAAAAAGAUAAAUUUGAGAUUUUCAGAUAAUCAACUUGUGGGGCCUCAGAUUUUUCUACUCCCAAAAUUUCAAAGAAGAAGACCGACACAUCACCAGAUUCGCACCACGUUGCCGAAGCUGUAGCACCACCGGAGUCACGCCGCUACUGCUAGAAUAGAAGAUCCACUCAUUAUUUGUCCGAUUGUGGGUGGAGAAGAGAGAUGUGUGGUGUUGACCGUUGAUGUGGUGAGAGAGAAGGGGAAAAGAAUAAAGAGGGAGAGAACAGAAAAAAUAGAAGAGGGGUAAUACGGGUAGCGUACAAAUAAUGCUCCUAAUUUGAGAAUAAAAAACAUAGACUCUUAUUUUGAAAUUAUUCUUAUGUUUUAGUCAUAUUGGACAAUUACUUAUUUUAAAAUGGUAUAAGCUUAUUGUACUCAUUAGAAUCCCACAAAGUUAUUUUUUAAUAUUUAAUUAGAUAAUAAAUAAAAAUAUUUUCAAACUGAAAGGUACAGACACGAAAGUCAAAACUUAAAUUGGACGAAGUUAGCUAUAAAUACAUUAUUAUAGUCUGAAUCGAUCCUUGGCAUCUUAUUAAUUACGGAGUAUUAUCAUUAUCUACGUCAAAUAAGACCGGAAAAAGAGUAGAGAAAAAUGCAUCCUGCAGCUAAAAGUCUUCUGUGUAAGGCACUACUUGGAUACACCGUGUACAUAUGCUUCUGUGCGUUAAUCAUUGUAUAUGUAGUAGUAUUGAAACCCACCAACGCCGUUCCGAAACUACCUCGUAUCACCGUCGUGGCUGCGGAGGUCAUGGAAAACUAUACCUUAACCGGCGACAAUCAUUUCACCGGCAGCUUCAACUUCACCGUCGAGCAAUACAACCCGACAUCAGAUAUUAAAGGCAUUAUUCUCAGCUGGAGGAGCACAAACGCGUCCCUCAUUUUCGGAGGAGCCGUCCCGGCAGCGCAGGCGCAGCUAGCCAGCACUGCCAUUUUCGACCUGUUCACGCCGCCUCAGUCUGCCUUUAACCACUCCCUCGAUCUGCAUGCAGAAGGCGUGGUUCUUGACGCCAGCACCUCCGCGGCCCUCAAACCCGCGGCGCCUGGCGUGACCGCGAAGCCCGUCCCCGCGGUCUUAGACAUUCAGACUGAUAUUUGGUUAGAUGAGGGAAUGGAUUCUGGGAUGCUUCAGGCGACGUGCAAAUUGUUUUACUCUUCUGAGGGUUUCGCUAUGAAGGACCGCCGCAAGUGUGCCGUGGUCUGCCAUGACUGCUGCUGGUACAAUAGCUAUUUGGGGGAACAAAAGUGUAAGAAAGUGACCAAGUGAUUGUGCAUGUGUUGAUGGGAGAUAAAGCUGGACAAGAAAAAUGAAUUAGCGGAUGAAUUAUCCAACAUUCAGAAAUGAGAAUGAUAUAAAAUGACGCAUACCCUGAUUUAUAGAAUUACAUAUUUCUAGUUAAAUAAUGUAAACUUUGGAACAUUAGAAAAAGUUCACAUUAUUUAUAAAGAUGCCACUGCAUUUUUUCAUUCAUAUAGUGCACAUUAUUUCAUUUUCGGAUAAUA